GGAGGAGCGUCAGUCUCCUCCUUUCCGUCCCGGAGGGGCUGAGCUCCGCAGUGCCGGAUUUCUCCAGCGUCACGGCUGGAGGAAGGCCGGGGUUGGCGUGGCUCUCGGCGGCAGGCCCGGAGCAGGGGGGCAGGUGGUGGCUCAUAAGGGGAAUUUCCCCCUAGCGCUCUACACAUUGCCCUCUCAGACCCCGCCGGUCUUCGCCCAGCGCCGGGGCCGUGGCACGAAGGGUCGGUGUGAAAGGCCACUAUUGGCUGGAGUGAACGCCUGCCCGGGGCCUGAUUGCCACCACUAUUUCCUCCCACGAAACCCAGACCUCCCGGCGUUUUGCACAUCUUUGCACAUCCAGCCGCAUCUUUAGUCCUUAGAGCAAGCAGCAAGCACAAAGUAAUACCCUGUUCUCACUGGGAGUACUGUGCCCAGGUGACAGCUUUUUUUAUCCUCAUGAAGAAGAUGAGUACUUAAAAUCUGUUGCAGCAUUUAGAAACUAUAUCAGUCAGUAGUACUUUCCAAUGAUGCUUUUUAUGCAACAGUCUGCACAGCCAAUGUUCUAUUGUCCCAUCUCACAAACUUCCAAUGCUGGAGAAAUUGCAAGGAUCCGUGAAGAAUGCAAAAAGGAAAGUUUCUGGUACAGAGCUCUUCCUUUGUCUCUUGGGAGCAUGCUUGUCACCCAGGGGCUAGUCUCAAAAGGCAUUUUCUCAGCAAGCCCAAGAUUUGGUGCAUUACCUAAGAUGGCAAUUGCUGGUGUCUUAGGUUUUGCCAUUGGAAAGAUGUCAUACAGAGGAAAAUGCCAAAAAAAGUUCCAGAAAAUUGGUGUUGUACCAUUAGGUCCACAAAAAAAGAGGCAUUGUCAUCAUACUUGCAAAGAAUGUGAAGCAAAAUUAGGAUCAAAUGACAAAGAAAGUUCAGUUCCUUCAGCAUCUUAGUCCCAGGGACUUUGCAGAGUUCUCAGAGAAAUCACCAAGAAGCUGCACAUUUCACAUCGAAAACAAGAUGCCACUCCGCUAAAUAACGGGUCCUUUCAUUCCAUUUACAGAUGCGGUGAGGAUGAUAAAAGUCUUAUGGAUCAGCUUUUUCUUUCAAGGCUUUAUUCUGUAGAGAAGAAAUAAUGUCUUUGGUUGGUGUAAAUCGGCUUAUUUGAAGUAGUUGCUUAAUGUUAUAUAGUUCUGUUCAUAGUAAAUACUAAUUUCUUGUAAUGUACUUUUUGGUUUUUCCUCUUCUCUGUCUUCUUGGCAUGUUUUAGUUUAUUUUCCUCUCUUCAGUGCAAUUUAGCUCUUAGUGCUAAAAAAUUAAAUUUGUCUAUUGUACUUAGAUGCUGGCAAUACUUCAUGUAGCGAGCAAAAUAGCAUACACUGGAAUGUUUUGCAAGGGUGUUUAAAUGAUUUUGCACAGUGAAGCAGCUAUUCAGGCUUUGAGCUGACUCCUUGUUUAUGUACUCUUUUAAGAGUACUAAGCUAGAAGUUCGUUAGGGUAUUGUCACACUGCAGCUACUGUGCUAAACCAACUUUUAAUAGGCUAGUUUUACAUAAAAGUCCACUUUGCUGGACAUGCCACAUUCAUAAUGAACAAGAAGAUACAAUAUUUUGGAACAGUUUAUGAUCUACAUGUAAUCCAAGGCUAGUAGAUGUUGAGAAAAAACUAGAUGGCAUAUGCUCUCUACAAACAGCACGACACACUAACUUCCAUGAAAUAUCUCAGGAAGUCAAAAGCAGACACUUCCCCUAAAGACAGCGGUGGUGUUCACAUAGAAAUCAAAUGUGCAGCUACUGAAAAGUUUGGGCUUCACUGUCAGUUGAUGAAGCUUGUCUUUUUUGUUAUGGGGUUUUUUUGUUUGCUUUUAUACUAUGCCUAUGGUUAGUACCCCUUUUUUGAACCAGCUUCUCUGGGCAUCUUUACCUGGGCACAAAGAGAUUCUGCAAGUAGGAUAUAUGGAAUGUAAAAGUAUAAAGUAACUAUUAAUUGGUUACUACACACAAAAGACAUUCUGGAUUUAACAAGCUAUUAGGCUAAAUACUCACCACCCUGAUAAGGCACUUGGAAAGUCUUUCCUAGUCAGGCAACCACCAGGCAGGAGGAGAAGGGUUAGACUAACCAGCCUCUCUGGGUUUUUUUUCCUCCUUUAAGAUUUUAUACCUUUCCAAAUUGUUGUUUGCCCUCUUGAAUUCUUGAGCUACUAAGAACGCUUGUCUCAACAGGGACUUUAAUUUUAUACUUUUUACCAUUCUGCAGACUUUUUCCACAGCUCUUUCUCAGCAGUCUGAGUCAAGGGUACACAGCUGUGGUGUAUCAGAGCUGAUGCUUGGUGUAGAGGCAGGUACACCUUGGGGAGCCUUCAGCAGGGGCUGUGGGGAGACAGGGUUACACAACCACAGAGAAGUCAACCUCCUUUGUGAAAAUAAUGUCAUUAUCACAGGUGUAUUGUGAUAGCCAGCAAAACUUGCAUGGUGACAUGUCUUAGCUACUUUCCCUUCAUCUGACAUCUGCUGUCAAGAUAACAGCAACAAACUGCACCAAGGUUAGUCAUGCCUGGGUUAUCUGAGGCAAGCCAUGACAUCCAUGUGAUGCUGAGAAGAUUGAUGCACGUGAUGGAGGACCUUUCAUGCCAGGCUGUCAGAGAUUGUUCUUGUGGUCUGUGCUACCUCCUGGGGUUACAACUUAGCUUUAAAUGUAAUUUUGUUCAGGCCUCCUAUUACUUUGCUGUAAUGAAUGUACUGUUAUAUAAAAAUUACCGUCUCCUUUUUUUCUAAAUUUAUUUCCAUACUUUGAUUACCUAAUUGUGUGGAUUGUGUUCAUGAGUUACUAUGAUACUGUUAUGAAAUAAAGGCUGUUUGUGAAUCU